AUGGCCAACAUAUUGCGUACCAUUCUAUCACACGACAAGGAGUUUGAAUUACCUGCAGAUGUCCUGGAACGUCUAUUGUCCGUUUGUGAGAAGAUAGCUGUUUCGCGCAAAGAUGCUGUUUCUACGAAAGCACAUGAGGAAGCAACAAAUGCCAUAGGUUUCUGCGCCACAACAAUGAGUUCAUCAAUUUAUGAUAAGGUUUGUUCUAUCGAGAUUAUCGGUAUGGUUAGAAUUAUCUUUGGAGUUUCUCAUUUUUUGCUUCCAAUUAAGUUGUCAGCGGUACUCUAUUCAAUCGGAAACGGCCCUCCUCAACCAGAAGUUCAGCUUAUAGUAGGGUCAGCGCUCUUUGAUGUUGCGCUUGGGCCUUACUCAACCUCUCGAAGAAACUUGUAUCUGACUUUGGAGGAAGAUUUUGAGCUGAGCUCGCUUACUAGUGAAAUACAAGACAAUUGUGAGAAGCGACUGGCUCAGAUAUUCUCAAAAAUUUUUGACGAGAAGCUGUCAUCCUUGAAUCAUCAUGAACGACGUUCGGCUUUAAUAUGGUUACUCGUCAUUGUUCGAAGGAGUUUCAAGGCUCGUGCCAGUCUAUUAGCAGGGAUGCUGGACAAAAUCCAGACUGGUUUCGCCAUGGGUCUCGCAGAAAACGACGAUUUCACCCAGGAUGUAGCGUCAAGUGGAAUCGGUUUGGUCUACGAAAUGGCAUCCGGUGACCAGCGAAAGGCACUGGUCAAUGAUCUUAUUUCACGAAUAUCCGAUGGAAAGCCGUUCUCGACUACUAAAGUGGAUUCCAACACAGAAAUCUUCACUAAAGAACAACAGAUCACUGGUCCUGAUGGGUUAGGUGCAGCCUUGGGUUUUGCGGCUGUGCUAGAGGAAGCCAGCAGCGAAUUUGAACCAUUCAUUGGUCAGCUAGUACCGAAGCUGUUUAGAUAUCGGUACGAUCCGGAUUUGAAAGUCAGACAAUCGAUGCGUUCCAUUUGGACCGUGCUUACAGCAUCGCGUAGAGGACUUGUACGUGCCCAUUUACUUUUUCUGUAA